CGCAAAAAAAAAAAAACUUCGGACGAGAUAAUCAACCCAACACAUCGCAGAUUUCAUCACUUGUACAGUUGUUGCAGCCGAGACAGCAAGCAUCCAGCCUCCUCAAUUGAGACUAGACGGCAAUCGCUCGGAACGUCACUGGCCACAGCUGACACCACCGCAUUCGAUACGAGCCAUUCAAAGUUGAAUCCCUUCUCCUUAUUCUCCUCUCUAUCUCUCCCUUCUCGUCGCCGCCAAAAUGCCUCCGGAUAGCGCAAACUUCCGUUACUUUAACACACCGGCAAACACUCCCGUACCUCCGUGGCUGGGCAACUUUGUCCUCAAGGCGCGCUCCGGAACCGACCUCUGGCGGAAACCAGCUCGCGACACCUUUACCGCGCCGGUCCUCUACACCUCAUCUCCGAUAUCCUUCUUCCGCGCCGAGGUGUCGGUGCAUAUCCGGCUCACCAACGCCUUUGAAUGGGACCAAGGCGGCCUUGUGAUCUUCGCCGGCCCGCCCCCAGUCACGACAUCGGCCACAGGCCUACCCGCAUACGACCAGCCGCCAGCCGGAAAAUGGGUCAAGGCCGGAAUCGAGUACUACGACAACCGGACGACCGCCUCGUCCGUAUCCGCCUCCUCCGACGGCGCGGACUGGAGUCUGAUAGAGCUGCCGGUGGGGAUCACGGAGCUCAAGGUGCGGUUCGAGCGUGUGGACAACGCGCUCUGGGUCUACUUUGAUGAUGGGUCGGAGUGGAAGAAGCUCCGCGAGGUCACGUGGUUCUUCUACGGCGUCGACGAGAAGAAUGUGCGCAUCGGCGUCUAUGCCAGCAGACCAGCGAACUUUAUGAGCGGACGCCCGCUGGAGGAGCUGGUGGUCGAGUUUGAGGGUCUGGAGAUUUAUUAGGCGCUGG